AAAAACCUGGUUUCACUAAAGGCCAGGUGGACUGGUGUAGUGGAACCUUUCUAACAGGUCAACAAGAGACAUUGCACUCCGGAUCUUAUUUGCGGCGCACUGGCGAAGCCGGAAGUAGACAAAGCCUUCAUCAUGGCGGAGACUCACAGUUUGCAAGACAUGAGGCAACAGCCAUCAAUUGCAGCCAAAGUUUUCAUACAGAGAGACUAUGCUAGUGGUACCAUGUGCCAGUUCCAGACCAAAUUUCCUCCAGAGCUUGAGAAUCGGAUUGACAAACAGCAAUUUGAAGAAACCGUACGAACUCUAAACAACCUAUACAUGGAGGCAGAGAAACUUGGGGGCCAGUCCUACCUUGAAGGCUGCCUUGCUUGCUUGACUGCGUAUACUAUUUUCCUGUGUAUGGAAACCCACUAUGAAAAGGUUUUGAAGAAGAUCGCCAAAUACAUUCAAGAACAAAAUGAUAAGAUCUAUGCCCCCAGAGGUUUGCUUCUUACAGACCCAAUCGAGCGUGGCCUUCGAGUGAUUGAAAUCUGUAUUUAUGAUGACAGAAGCUCAGGAUCAGGGAGAUAAGGCUUAUUUGAGCCGUCUUGCUCUGAAAACCUGCAAUGGGUGCUCAUUCCGGCACUUCACACAACGGCUGGCCCCAUCCUACCUCCUUCCUGAUUGGUUGAUUUACCAACCUUGUCCAGCGAAUCACCAUGUGCCACUUGACAUGCGUUUCUACAAUCGGUUCCACUUUCUCCUUCCUUGUAAAAUAUGUUGAAAAAUAUGAAGAAAACUAAUCUCGUUAUGCUUUUUGUUACAAUAAAAUUAUUUAUAAUUGUAUUAAAAACCUGUAUCAUUAAGAAUUUUGUUUUCUUAUUCUAACCCAUCAGUUUUUAAAUGAAUUCUAUUUAAAGGUAAACUUUUUUUUUUUUUAACAGGCAACACUGCAGUCUGUGAUAUGCUUGGGAAACUGCAGAUUGUCUAUUUUAAUGCAUACCACAUUUUUUGCUUUAUUUUUUUCUUUAUCUCCUCAACUCAUUUAAUUUGUUUCUUUUUUCCACUUAUCCUUUGCCCUUUAACUGCAUUAUCUCUGACUAUUUUCCAUUUUAAUAUUCAUACUGUUGCUUAUUUUCAUUUUUUUCUUACAUAAGUUUUAUACUUCAAGCACAACAAGGAAGUGGUGUUUUAAAACGUGUAUUAAAUGCAGUAUAUGGGACUUUGUUGAAGUGUUUUCAUUGUCACUUAUUCAACUUUAUUUCUCACUUGUAAAGUAUUUUCUGAGUUGAUUAUUCCCAAGAAACAACUUUAAAAGCAGGGGUCUUCCUUGGUGGGAAAAACUCAGUAGAGAAUGGCUUUAAUCCAUAAAGUCCUGUGCAUGUAUUUUGAAAUCAAAGGAGGAGCCAAAAUAGGUAUCAGUUUCUUUUACUGUUUCCUUAAAAGAAAAGUGAAAAUAAAACUAAAAAUAUGAAAUAUAUAAUUUCAGAUCUGUGUUAAAACACAUUAAAUUUUAGAUAUAUUAUCGUAAACACACUGUAUUAUGAAAUUGGAUCAGCAUUUUAUUUAAACAUCACCCCUAUACUGGAACUGUAUUGGGCUGGAAUGUAAAGAUAGAAGUUCAGUAUAAAGUAUGAAAAAGGUUAAAAGAUGUUUUCAACUUUGCAGGUGUGUGAUGAGAGAGAUUCAGCUUAGCAGAUCAUUAACUGGUGUUUUAUAUUAGCCCCACAAUUUGUAGAUCCUUUAGUUUUUGUCUUAAUGUAGUUGAGCAUUUGUGCGUUUCUUGAUUCUGCUGAGUCUUUAUUAUUAAAAUCAAAACAUACAAGAAAGUUGUUUUUUUAAGAAUUGUAAGUAAGAAUUUACUCAAGGUUUAGAUCUGGAAAAUGCUCAUUUGUUAAAGUGUUCAUACUUUACAACUUUUGUUGGUCUAUCAAGCCUACUUCCAGAACACAAAUUGCAAGAACUACCCGCGUUUAUGACAAGAGUGAAGAUUCCAUCUUCUUCAUAAGCAUUUUUAAAAUAAUAUAAAUAUAUAUAUAUAUACUUUGAGCGGUAGAUGGCAGUGUAUUUUUUGUGAGAUCUUAGUCCUGGGUCUCCUAGUCCCUUCAGUGAUUUCUAUCUGUGUACCUGCUGUAUACAGUAUAUCAAAUACAGUACAGUUAAUGACUUAAAAAAACAUGCAUGCUGUGCAUAUACUGGUAUAGCAGUGUGCUGUUUUAUUAAAUAUAACAAGUGUUUUGUGUUUCAUAAUGAGAAAUGUCUUCUAAAUUUAUCCUUUGGUGCAUUCUCUUGCUAUUUAAUAUUGUUUUUUUUUUUUGUUUUUUUUUAUAUAUAUAUAAACCUGCUCCAUUUUUGCCCAAUGCGUUUUGUCUCACUUUUAGUUUAACAUGUUAUGCAGGAAUGGUUAAAUAUAGUGCACUGUAGAGCAAAGUCCUUAUCUACCAGGUCAAAGCCCCCUUUGUAUGAGCAGCUUUAUGCUAGUUUAUCCUCGCCUGUUGUGAGCAAAGGCAGUAUACAACACUACAAAAUCUAAACAGAUUAGGAUGGCAAUCUUCAGAAUGUGUCUAAAAGCUGAUCGCUAACUUUGUUCUUCCUUUCCUUCUGUCAGACCAUCACACUCUGGUGUGCCUUGCGAAAAUCUACUGAACAAUAAUGGUGGGAUAAUUCACUGUGUAGUAUUUCUUUAUGUUGUGUACAUUUUCUUUGGUUUUUUUUUCCCUUUUAAUUUAUAUAUGUUAUCGAGUAUGGUGUGUAUAAAUACACAAGAAUAUUAAUUUCAUUUAUUAACUUAAUUUCCAUAUAUUUGGUUAUGAUGACAGAGAAGGACUUGUCAUAGGUAUUAGAGUUGAUAUGAAAAUUUCAGGAAACUUUAAGCGAUUUUUUUUUUAUUACAAUGUAAUGUGAAAUUUAUUUUUUAUGUAUUGUAUGUAAAAAAAAAUAAAAUAAAAUAAAGUACUACCAUUGAUUUUGUGA